GCCCUCCACCGCUGGGCAGCCUCAUCUCGAAUCUCAGCAGCAGCAAUCAUGGGAGAGACUCACAGUCUCCUUACGGCAACCAUUUCGCGCCUAGCGGAAGUGUCAACAAUAUGGUGGGCCGGCUUUUUGUUACUCGUUAUUUUCACAAGGUUGUUCUAUCGAAUGUUUAUGCACCCACUGAGGAAAAUUCCCGGGCCGACGCUGGCAAAGAUAACAGAGCUAUGGCGGACCGGUCGUUAUUUUCGAGGGAAAUGGCAUGAGGAUAUUCUCGAGUGUCAUCGGAAGCAUGGGCCUGUUGUCCGGCUCUCCCCAAACGAAGUCAGCAUUGUCAGCCCCGAUCUUAUCAAGACCGCGUUUGGCUACAGCACGGGGACCGUCAAAUUCUUUGGGGCUACGAACCCAGCGCAACAUGGCUUUCUCCGAAAGCGCGUCUCCGCUGUAUACAGCAUGUCCGCCGUGGUCUCGAUGGAGGGCAAAAUCCAGCCUGUUCUCAGCACUACUUGGAAAAGAUUCGACGAGUUCGCCAAGCUGGACCAGCCCAUUAAUCUGAGCAUGUGGACAUCGUAUUUCACUUACGAUGUUGUUGGUACACUGUGCCUCAGUGAGCCCAUUGGUUUCCUUCGCGAUGGGUAUGACAAGAAGGGCUUCAUUUCCGGGAUCCACAGAGCCUUUUACUGGAUGGCACGUCUCCUCCAUCUGCGCAUUACCGACUAUGCUCGCGCGUUCACAAACUUUUCUAUCGACAAAAUCAUUCAGCGGAUACACGAGGGUUCCAACAAGAGCACCGAUCGGGACAUGCUAGAUCAUUUUGUGGACAUGAAGGGCCCGAGCGGGGACCCUGCACCCCCUGGUGAUAUUCUCGCCGAGGUUGGAAAUCUUCUUGCCGCAGGCGCCGACACAACUUCUGUAGCCAUCAAGGCUGUCCUUGGUCCGCUUUUGCAAGACCCUGAUCGGUACGCCCGGCUUCGAAAAGAGGUGGACGCAGUGUUUGAGGCGAACAAUGGCCCAGUUGAAGGAAGUGGAGUACUAUCGUACAAUGUAAUUAAGGACCUCCCAUUUCUCACUGCGUGCAUUAAGGAGGGAGAGCGGCUGCAUCCAAGCAUUAUAUACCAGCUCCCAAGGUUGGCUCCAACAGAUGGAUUCAACAUUGAGGGCUACUACAUCCCUCCUUCGGCCACCAUAUCCAUGAGUCCACUUGCUCAAAACCGUUGCCAGGCAAUAUUUGACAACGAUGCCGACACAUGGAGGCCGGAGCGAUGGAUCCCUGGAGAGGGUACUUCAGCUGAAAAAAUCAAGGAAAUGGAUAAACAGAACGCGACGUUUGGUUAUGGAUCUCGGACCUGUGUUGGUCGAAACCUCGCUACCUUUGAGGUAUAUAAGUUCGUCGCGCAAUUGAUCACACGGUACGAUGUUGAGCUACUUAACCCCUCGAAUCCCUGGAGUGUUCGUUCGUCGUGGUUCGCCGAGAUGGAUAAUUUGCACAUACGGCUAAAACAUCGAGUGUGA